AACUACAACAAAAACCACUAUUAUAAACUCCUUUGCCCAAGGUGCUUCCAGUUGUGAGCAGCAUUUGGCUGUAGCUGACAAUUGCCUUCAUUCCUUACUACUUCAUGGGAGUGUUUAUUUUACAGAGAACAGGCUGUAGGCUACCCUGACCCUUUGGGAUAGGUGGAGCUAUAAAUAUAAAGAUAGUCACUGAAAGAACAACCGUGAAAGGUAAGCAUCCUGACUUUCUUCUUUGUGGUGUCUUUGCGUCAUAUAUAUGGGCAACUAGCAAGCUUCUCAGACACCCACAAGGGCAGUUGGAAAAGAACUGAGAAAGUGGGUGGGAACUUUUCCCGGAUACACAGGAGGGGAGGGGCUCCUGCCAAAACAAGUCUAGCUAGCAAAUCUUCCAGACAACAAAGCCUUCUAGGCACAGAGCCCAUAUGUGUGAUGCACAAAGACCAUGAAGAAGAACAAUGUUUUCAUACCAUUUUCAUAUUUCUGCCAUCAGGUUUGACAGCAAGAGCAGCUGUAGCACCAGCAGACACGUCAGCCUCCACUUUUUGCUGACCUGUUCUGUUUAGCAACUGCUGAGACAGCUGCAACUGCACUCUGAUUGGCAGCCUCAUGUUCCUUUUUUCCUGCCCAUGAGCUACCUUCCUGAUACCCAGUCACAGCAUCAAAGUGUCUGCAACAAACAGACUGAAAGCCACAAAGAGCAACAGAAAAAGAUGCAUACUACAAGAACAAAAACCAGUCUUCAUUUAAUCUCAUGAACCUGUCAGAAAAACAGAAGAAAUAAAUGCUGACUGAAGUCACACUGGAACCCAGGAGUAACAACCCCUAGAGCAGCAACAAAAGAAAAGGGAAAUGGCAACAGGAAAGGCAGCAACUCACUGGACCACUAUGGAGGACUGUAACUAUUUGCAGAUCCAGGUCCUCUGACCCCUCUGGAGCGCAGGGCUUUCAAACCCCGGUCCUUGAAUCACUGAAUAAAAGCACCCAGGAUAAGCUGGAGCAGGCAGCUUACAGAGCGUCAAAUCAGAGGAUUCCAGCGGAAGCAUUAAUCCGGCGCCGGCUUUUUCAGGCAACUGGCGUUUGAUAUUCCCGCCGUGAGCCCCACCCAGGCCCCUUUCUCGCAGGGAAGAUCCAGGCGGUGUUGCCGCGGCGGCGGCUCCCGCUAGGGGGCAGGGCAGCAGCGUGCCCGCGGGGCGGGAAGGAAAGUGGCCGCCGCGUGGCCCAGUUUAGUAAGAGGCGGAGGCUGCAGCACUGCCAGAGUGUGGCCAUAGGAACCGGCGCAGCGCCAGAUCAAACUGGAUCCAUACCCUGGGGUCCAAGGAAGGAGGAGCCAGCGCAGCAGUCCGCAUCCCCCGUGGCGCCGGUGGCGGCUCUGUCCCGCCGCCAAUAUGCAAGAGAGCCGCCGGUGCGGCAAGAGGAGGAGACGCGGCAGGGGGAGGGAUUAAGAGUCUGGGAUCGUCGGAUCCGGCUGACUUGGGCAGGUCCUUCCCGCUAGUGCCGCGGGAGAGCAGGUGGUGCGGCGGCGGCCCGAGCAAUCUAGGUUCGAGUGCUGUGGAUGGGAAGGUGGACGCCGGGGAAGGGGGAAUGAGGUCUCGGAUCCAGAACUAGCGCCAGAGGACACGGCGGUCCGUGCCCCCUUCCCCGGCGACGGACCCAUCGACACCCUCCCCGGAUUGCGCAGAAAAUAGAUUCACCUUGGAUUUCUGCUUGUCAGACAUCCCUGCUAAAGGAGCUGUCUCGGAUUUGGAUUUACAUUUUUCAUCCUUUCCGUUUCGGAUUGCCUGGCAUCUACCUGCACCGCCUAUCAGUAAUCUUACCUUUCCAGUAAUCAUCGUAAUCCGAACUGGAUAGCUCUCUUCUUUUACCCGCCCGUGAUAGGUAUUGUUCUCUGUCUCCAUUUUUUAACUGUGGAUUUGCACGGAAUUUUUUUUCGCCAUUCAGAUUAUAUAGAAGUUUCAGCGCAAGCCUGAGAAAACAAACACUUAUCUGAAACGCAGCUAAUAUUUGGCCUGAUCUGAUUAGCACAUUAAACUCAUACUUAACAUUGCUGCGUGGCCUCCAGCUUUGUUUGCACACAGGAUUGCACAACCUAGGCGCACACCGGUUGCCUCUUUUGGUCCGGAUUGCAGAGCAGCCUCUAACUGGUCUAGAUUGCACACAUUAUUUUUCUGCAUACAUCCGGAUUAGCAGAGCAGCUCCUGCACCUAGCUGCUCAGAGCGUUUGUACGCUUCAAAGCGAAAACGAUGUUGCCAGGAUCUAUCCAGAUCUCUGGGGAGACGUUAUCCAGUGCCGAGAUUCGGGAUAUCUGUGAGAGCCUGCGUGAGAACUCCAUCAAACUGCUUUCACUCCGGGGCUGCCAGCUUUCCGACCGAGAUUUCGGACGGAUCUGCAGAGGAGUUGCAGAGUCUCACUCCUUGGCUCAACUUAACCUUAACUUGGGGAUUGUCGCCAAUAUCAAUAGGGUCAAGCAACUGGCUGAAGCCCUGAAGACCAACCGGUCGGUCCAGUCUCUGUUCCUUCAUGGGAGUCCCCUGGCAGAUGCUGGUCUGGCACUCCUCAACCCAGCACUGUCCAUGCAUCCUUCCCUAGUGGCCUUGGACUUGGGGGACUGCAUGCUGGGUGAUGAAGGCAUCAACUUGAUCUGUGGACUACUUCCUCCUGAUGGGGCCAAGUCAGGUUUGAAAGAGCUGACUCUCAGUGCUAACCCUGGCAUCACAGCCAAAGGAUGGGGACGCCUGGCUAUUGCAGUGGCUCAUAGUUCCCAGGUGCGAGUGUUGAACUUGGACUACAACCCCCUGGGUGACCAGAUAGCAGGAAUGCUGGCAGUUUCUGUGGCAUCCAGUCGCACCUUAGAGGUUUUGGACUUGGAAGGAACAGGACUUACCAACCAGUCAGCCUUGAUCCUGCUAGACAUGGUGGAAAACUACCCCACUGCUUUGAGGAUGCUGAUCCUGGCAGAGAACAACAUCAGCCCUGAACUACAGCAGCAGAUUUCUGACCUUCUUUCAGAAGGAGAAGAGGAGGAGGAGACUGAAACCCGUGAAGUCAUGGCCAGAGAAAAGAACUCCUGGAUCUGCCAAAGCAAUUCUACUUCCCAGAUGGUCUUGGUAACAUCAGGCCUUGGAGAAAGUCUCCUAGCAGAAACAGAGAUGUAAAUUCCAGUUGCCUCUGGUGAGGAACACUUCCAUGUAUGUGGAAAGAGUGUUUUUAGAAAUGCGCAUUUACACAUGUGUGAAUGUAUACUGUGCUGUGUGUUUGCAAGUGAGUGUAUGCACUAGGCAAACAAAAGUAUGAAAUCUUAUAUGCCCAUGUGCAGUUACCAAGCCUGCCUCAAUAGCAGAUCCACACACUGUGUCCUAUUGAAGUCACCUUUUAGCUCCACAUUGAGAACUGAUCCAAACUAAUCUGUCUGUGUCACACAAUCUGUCAACUGCUUGUGAUUGUCCAAGUUGCUGUAUUUUUAGGUCUUACCACCCAUUCUGAAUUGAUCUUUGAGGAAGGUUGUAUUUAUUCAGAUGUGUAUAUUUAUGUAUAACAGAUGCUUUUUAUUGCUUGUAUCUAUGUCUUGACUAGGGUUUUAUAAAAUUCACAGGACUUACACUA